GAGCUCCCGAGGGGCAUCACAUGCAACAGACGAGCGUGCUAACUCUCCAACCAUGUCCAAAUCUUUCUACGUGGAUUCGCUCAUCGUCAAAGACGCCCGUCCGGCCGAACACCCGACGACGGUGACGGCGGCGGCGGCUGCGCACGACUUCCUGCUGCCCAUCAGCGUGCACACGCCGGGCGUGGUGCCGGCGUGCCCGUCCAGGAAGAGCGGCGCGUUCUGCGUGUGCCCGCUGUGCGUCACCACUCAACUGCACCACGCGUCGAGGAGCGGCGCGCCAAGCCUCAAGGGCCACUUCGCGGCGGGCGCGGAAGCGGCGCAGUACUGCCACAGGCUCGCCCACCACCAGCACCAGUCGGCCGCGCUGGCACAUCCGGGACAUGCACCUGUUUGCGCGGCGUCCGUUUUCAGCGAUCCGCGGAGGUACCACUGCAUCUCCAUGGGCGCCUCAGAGGGCAGCCACAUCCAGAACGGCAAGCGCAUGCGCACGGCCUUCACCAGCACGCAGCUGCUGGAGUUGGAACGCGAGUUCUCCAGCAACAUGUACCUGUCCCGCCUGCGCCGCAUUGAGAUCGCCACCUACCUCAGCCUGUCCGAGAAACAGGUGAAGAUCUGGUUCCAGAACCGCCGCGUCAAACACAAGAAGGAGGGCAAGGCGGCACAAAGGAGUUCCCACGCGCCUGGCGGUGGCGGCAGCGGCGGCGCGUGCAAGUGCUCGGGCGUGCACUUCGCUCGCUCGGAAGAUGAGGAGUCCCUCUCUCCCGCCUCGACCUCAGAGGAGAAGGACGGGGUGCUCAUCAUGUGACUGCCGAGGCUUUGGACCAAGUGACCUCUAGGAGCCUAAAACAAAUGCAUGAAAACUGUUGAAGAGGAAAACUUUAUUGAUAAUGUGAAUGCACGUUUUGACAGAAAUGAACUCGAUUUCGUAAAACGGUGUUCUCAAACUGGUUGUCCGCAAGGCAAAGCUUGGCGACUAACUUGCAAUGAUAAUGUUGGCGG